UAGGGUUGUUAUAUAAGGAAUGAUGAGUAAGAAAAAUGGAAAAUGGUCCUCGAAAGCAAGCAGUUGACAAAAGCAGAAACCUGAGAGUUCAUAAAUAUCGUGUUUCUCAGAAGUUGUGGAGAGAGAGAGAGAGAGAAACUUUGGAAAAGAAAAGAUUAGAAGUUGUGGUGAGACAUGAGAGGCAGUGGAAGUGACCCAUCAUCAAGAAGAGGAGUCGAAAUGAAACAACAAUUCAUCCCUGCAUGGUUAGAGAAACUAAUGGCUGAAACAUUCUUUGGUGUUUGUGGGGUCCACCUUAAUACUAAGAAGAAUGAGAAGAACGUUCUUUGUUUGCACUGUUGUCUUUCCAUCUGCACUCACUGUCUACCUUCUCACCGCCAUCACCCUCUCCUCCAGGUGAGAAGGUAUGUUUACCAUGACGUGGUUCGAUUGGGUGAUCUUGAAAACCUCAUCGAUUGCUCCAAUAUUCAGCCAUAUACAAUUAACGGUGCGAAAGUGAUAUUCUUAAAUGAGAGAGCACAGUCAAGGUCAUGCAAAGGUAAUGCCAAUGCUUGCUGCUCUUGUGACAGGAUUCUUCAAGACCCCUUCCAUUUCUGUUCACUCUCAUGCAAGGUUGAUCACAUGGUAUGCGAGGGUAUAAGCUUGUCCAACAUAUUACAUCGAUUUCAUGAAUCCGAUUUUUCAUAUUCGCAGUUAACGGGUUUAAGGGUGGAUAGCUCUGAGGUUAUUGAUGAAUAUAAUGAUAAUACCCAAUUUGCCCCUACUUCCAAUACUGAAGAAGCUACAAGCCGUUCUAUGAUUUCAUGUGAAGACAACAACAAAACCAAUGGUUUUUUUCUCUCUCUUGGUAGUACUAGAAGAAAGGGUGCUCCUAAGAGGGCUCCUCUUUCUUAAUGUUAGACUUGUGGAAUGUUAUUAUCCAAAUAAUAAAAAGAUAUUAUUAAAUAAUUAGAAUCAGAUUAUUAUGACUUAAUAAAUAUUCCAAUAUUUUGAGGUUUUUCUUUUAUCAUUUUUAAUAUGUACAUAUGUGCUUAAGGCCUACGGAUAAAUUUUAUGUG